UUGAGAGUAUUUUUAUAAUGGAAUUAAAUAAAUCAGUAAUCAAAUCAGAGAGUAUUUGGAGUUCAUCCCAAUGCGACCUCAUUGAUGACGAACCUUGAAACAUCACUAAUUUACCUAUCAAAUCAGAGAAAAUUGAAGCUAAUAUGGGUGCUAAGGAGUUCUCAUGAAGUUCUGCAACUGUCAGAGUUGGAAUAAAUGUCACCAAAAAGCCUAGGAAAAUCAGCGAUGACGAGACUAAUCUUGGAAUGAAAGCAAAUAAUUUAUCAAAAAGAAAUUCAACAUUUGGGUACUUUUUGAAUAAAAAUAAUGAAUGUGGGAUGACUAAACCUCUAAAAACCCAGCUUUCAAAAAAUAAAAGUUGGAAUAAAGGUGGAGGAGUUAAAAAAAUAAAAUAUGCAGAUAUGAGCGCAAUGAGCAAGCUCUCCUCCAAAGAAAUCCUCAAAGACUUAAUUAAUUAAUAUUCUAAUAAUUUUGUGAGUAA